AUUUUUGUCUUCUCGCAGGAUCAGUUGUGUUCGCAUUUUUAUUUUUUGUGGCAAAAUGGCGGACGAAGACCAGAUUCUCAAGAGCAAGAUCAAUUAUUUUUGCCGCGAGAAAUAUUUCCGAGCGAUGCAGCAGGCUGCUGUGCUGGGAAUGAAAAAGUUUUCAGGAGAUCCCGUAUUCAAGUUCUACUAUGGAUUGUCUUUGAUUUUCGAAGGGAGGAUACAGGAAGGGAUUCGUGAAAUGGACAGAUUUCAAGGCGAUGCAGAAAUUGGGAUUGGAACAAUACUUGCAUUAAUACAUGCACACAAGAAGUGCUUGACCGUGGACAGGGAAGCUGUUGCACAGUUGGAAGCUAAACUGAAGGAUGACCGCCGGAAAGCUAGCGAUAAAGCGUUGUAUUUUGCCGGGGUAUUUCUAACUCACGCCGGACGCCACGACAAAGCUAGAGAAUACAUAGAUCGGAUGUUGAAACUCAAUCCUUCGUCGAGAGACGGGCUCAUUCUGAAGGGCUGGAUCGAAUUACUGGGUGGAAGAGACAACAAGUCGGAACAGUCCGCAUUGGAUUUCUUCGAAGCGGUUCCGAAUGUUCAGCGAGAUGUGGACGCCAUGAUGGGGAUAGCAAAGUUCUUCGAAUUUUGUCACCAGUUCGACAAGGCAGUCGAGUUCCUCAAUCAAGUCGUUGCAGUUUAUACGUCGUUUCUGCCUCCUUUGAUAGAGAAAAUGAAGCUAGCCUUGGCAGUGCUGGACUGGGACCAAGCUCGAGAUAUGGCCAACCGAGCCCAGUUGUUGGACGAAUCUUGCUUGGAGGCCAGACGCGUGAAGGUGCUUUACAUUCUCUGUCAAGAAGGCGAAUAUGAGAAUGGAGCUUUGGCUAUACGAAACUUUUUCCGAGACAUGGAACGGCUUGAGCCGAAGAACUCGCCCAUGUUUCUGAUGAACUCCCAGCUUUUUUCUCGCUUGUGUGGAAGACACAUGGAGAUACUGGAGGAAACUUACAAAUUCGCCGAGAGAGCUGCGCAACUUGAUCCCAAUUGCUCCGAGUACUUGGUGGAGCUCGGAAAUCAGUGCUUACUUCAGAACAAGGUUCCUCAAGCAAUGAAGUACUUCAAAACGGCUUCACAAUUGGACGAAUCGUCCAUAGAAGCUUUGACUGGAGUCCUUGCUUGUCAGCUGAUGAACGGUGACUUGUCAGAAGCAGAGCAGCAAUUGGAGUUCCAGAAAGAAAUCAGUCGAGCCGGAGGAUCAGCACCAGAAAUUUUAUAUCUCUCAGCCCUGUUGAACAGACUGAAAAACCGUCAUUCGGACGAAAGCCUGGGUCUUCUGAAAGAUGCGGUAGAAAAUCAUUUUCGAUCAUUCAGAAGCCUUCCUUUUGGAAUUGAAUACCUGCAUAGUCUGAAUCCAGACUUCUUGCUUCAAAUCGUGAAAGAAUCAAUGCUUUAUGCACCGAAUACGCCGAGUCCAUCUGGUCAAAUGCCGCCGAUGUCAUUGAAAUUUUGCCACGUCGUGCUGGAGUCGAUCGCUCGGGCAUGUCCUGCAUUGAGAGAUGGUGUGUUUCUGUUUGCAAAAACAAGAUACUUGCUCGGAGAGACGAAGUCUGCACAAGGGAGUUUGCAGCAAAUUCUUGACAAAAUUGAUCCGAGUUUCAGUGAGGCCCAUUUGCUCAUGGCUGAGAUCCAGAUGGCUCAAGGACAGUAUCAGCAAGCAAAGCAGAGCUUGGAAGUUGGUCUCAGUUAUAAUUUCAAGGUUAGAGAUCAUCCAAUUUAUCACCUCAUCAAGGCGAGGCUGGAAAAAAGACAGGAUAACUACGAAGAAGCUAUUGAAUCAUUGCAGUUGGCCAUGACUUUACCGGUUUUCAAAAAGUCUAGCAAAGCCGCGACCGCAGCGCAGCAGAAAGUAACCCACGCGGGGCUCGGGAUGACCGGCAAUGAACUCACGAACCCUGAUCGUGCAGCCAUUUACGUAGAGCUCGCAGAUUCUCUGCGCCUUAUGAAGAAAACAAAUGAAGCAGCGAAGAUCAUGGAAGAAGCUCGACAUGAAUUCAUGGGCACGCCAGAGGAAAUGCGAGUGACCGUUUCCAACGCAGAUAUGUUUCUGUCUCGUGGGGAUGUGGACGGGGCGUUGUCUAUUCUGAAGAACAUAGGCCCAGAACAGGCAUAUUAUCUGCAAGCGCGAGAGAAAAUGGCCAAGAUUUAUUUGGAUUACCGGAAAGACCCGCGGAUGUAUGCUGCGUGUUACAAGGAAAUCAUGGAAAAAUUUCCGACGCCGCAAAGUUUCCUGAUGCUCGGCGAUGCGUACAUGUCAAUUCAAGAGCCUGACAAGGCCAUCGAAGUGUACGAAAUGGCGUUGAAAAGGAACCCACGGGACGCGGUGUUGGCCCGGAAGAUGGGCCAGGCGCUGGUAAAGACUCAUCAGUACGCGAAAGCGGUCAACUAUUACAAGGAGGCAGUUCGGACGGGAGACGAAUUGGGCAUCAGCGACGGGCUUCGCUAUGACAUGGCCGAGCUGCAUUUUCGACUACGACAGUAUGACAAGGCAGAGAAGGCGAUCGUGACUGCGUUGGAUAUUCGAAACCAAGGCCAGAGAGAGCUCGGGGAGAAAAAUGAAGUGGCCGUGUUGAACAUGGAAGCCAAGUUGCUUGCGCUUUUGGCACUCGUACAAGAAAAAUCCGGCCAGUUGGAGUUGGCCUUGGAAAGUUUGAAACGUGCGCGAGAAACUCAAGGCAAGGUUUUGAAACGAGCGCAAGUGGACCAAUCUGAAAGUCUGGAUCAGAAAAAGCUUGCUGCCAACAUAUGCAAGCAAAUGGCGGAGCAUGCGGUUCAAGAGCGUCAAUUUGAAUCCGGUAUCAGGUUUUACAAAGAAGCGCUGUCGUAUUUGAACGAUGACCCUGGUUUAUUGCUCGACUUGGCCAAGCAGUACAUGGUCGUCAACGAUUUGGAUCAAUGCCGUCAAACCUGCGUUCAACUUCUCAAAUUGGAUAAGGACAACGACGCCGCCACCGUCAUGAUGGCUGACCUGGCAUUUCGCAAAAACGACUAUGAAACCGCCAUGUUUCAUUUCCAGCAACUCUUGGAUCGUAAUCCGACCAAUUGGGAAGCUCUUGCUCGUUUGGUGGAAGUAAUGCGACGAACUGGUCACCUUGAAGAAUGCCCUACGUAUUUGACCAAAGCUGCGCAAUGUAAUCCAAGAGCAUCUUUACAGCCAGGAUAUUAUUACUGCAACGGAUUGUAUCUAUGGUACACUGGUGACGUAAACGAGGCCCUGAAAUCGUUCAACAGAGCUCGCAGAGAUGCGAAGGAAUGGGGACAGAAGUCUGUGAAGAAUAUGAUUCUAAUUUGUUUGAAUCCUGACAAUGACACGAUCGGUGGAGAAACGUUUGAAACUGUUGAUGUUACCGCACCUGCUGGAGCGGAAGCUCCUCCAAUGGCCCGCCCAGUUUCUGCCAUCAGAGACAUGAAAGACGCCCGAGAAAUGGCUUUGCAUACUGCUGAUAAACUUUUCAAGGAACUGUCGUCGAAAAAUCCUGCGGAAAUGCUUGAGAAGCAACUGCUCGGGAUGUUCAUCCAAAUGGCCACAAAACAAAAAGGCGCCAUUGAAAUAGCCUUGCAAGAAAGCUUGCAAUUGGCGCAACUGGACCAAUAUCGCGAUCACGUCGGCGUCAUUUUGGCAAUGUCAACUGCGUACAUGCUUCUCAAGCAAGUUCCUAGGGCGAGGAACACCUUGAAACGCGUUGCCAAAAGCAUGUGGACCUUUGAAGACGCGGAGUACCUUGAGAAGUGCUGGAUUCUGCUGGCAGAUAUUUAUGUCCAAUCCGGAAAGUACGAUAUGGCCAGUGAAUUGUUGAAGAGGGUUCUGGACAACAAUCAGUCCUGCGCAAAGGCUUAUGAGUAUAUGGGGUUCAUCAUGGAAAAGGAGCAAAGCUACAGGGAUGCUGCGAAUUAUUAUGAAAGAGCUUGGAAAUUUUCAAACCAGGUCAAUCCCAUGAUAGGGUACAAGUUAGCAUUCAAUUACAUGAAAGCUAGACGAUACGUGGACGCAAUUGAUGUGUGCCAUUUGGUGCUCGGGAAAAAUCCGGAAUACCCGAAAAUACGUAAGGAUAUCCUGGAAAAGUCUAGGGACUGUUUAAGACGUUAAUUUUUGUUGUUGCAAGACACUAGCACAAACUGGAUCUCGUGUUUAUCAUGCUAUGAAAUGAUUGUGAUGAUGCACAGAAACGUAUCCGUCCGCAAAAUGUUUGCCAUUUCGUUUUGCCCACUGUAUUCAUGAUUUUUUAUAUUUGCAGUACAUGGAUAACUUGAAGGAUCUCGUUGCUAGUCAAACACUGUGAUUUCAGGAUUUUAUGUUUUGUUCGUGAAUUUUAAAGUUAAUUAAUGUGAAUACCUUAAUUUUUUUUUCUGCAUGUGGUCCGGGAAUUUUUCCCGGACUGCUACCGGUGUGUAUUCAGGGAAACAAAUGAAUAUCGUUCCGUAUGUUCCGGCA